CGGCUCAACCGCGAGAUUAUAGUGUCAUUCUCUCCAGUUUCAGACGAAUCGAUGGAGUUGGGAUCCAGACGAAUCUACACGACGAUGCCGUCGAAGCUCCGAUCUUCUUCUUCACUUCUUCCACGUAUUCUGCUCCUUUCUCUCUUAUUACUCCUUUUCUAUUCCUUAAUUCUCCGCCGUCCGAUUACUUCAAACAUUGCCUCUCCUCCGCCGUGCGAUCUCUUCUCCGGCAGAUGGGUUUUCAAUCCAGAAACUCCGAAACCGUUGUACGACGAGACUUGUCCUUUCCACAGAAACGCUUGGAAUUGCUUACGGAACAAGCGAGAUAAUAUGGAUGUUAUCAAUUCAUGGAGAUGGGAGCCCAAUGGAUGUGGAUUGAGUCGAAUUGACCCGACCCGGUUUCUAGGGAUGAUGAGGAACAAGAAUGUUGGGUUUGUUGGGGAUUCUCUGAAUGAGAAUUUCUUGGUUUCGUUCUUGUGUAUACUUAGAGUGGCUGAUCCAAGUGCUAUUAAGUGGAAGAAGAAAAAAGCUUGGCGUGGAGCUUACUUCCCUAAGUUCAAUGUCACUGUUGCUUAUCACAGAGCUGUUCUUCUCGCUAAAUAUCAGUGGCAGGCGAGAUCUUCUGCUGAAGCUAAUCAAGACGGAGUGAAAGGAACUUAUCGAGUUGAUGUUGAUGUUCCUGCAAAUGAGUGGAUCAACGUCACUAGCUUCUAUGAUGUUCUCAUAUUUAACUCUGGCCAUUGGUGGGGUUACGAUAAGUUUCCUAAAGAGACACCUCUUGUCUUCUACCGAAAGGGAAAGCCGAUAAAUCCUCCUCUUGAUAUAUUACCAGGAUUUGAACUAGUUCUUCAAAAUAUGGUUUCUUAUAUCCAAAGAGAAGUCCCUGCGAAGACCCUUAAGUUCUGGCGUUUGCAAUCACCAAGGCAUUUCUAUGGUGGUGAUUGGAACCAGAAUGGAAGUUGUUUGCUCGAUAAGCCACUCGAAGAAAACCAGGUAUGGUAACGAGCUUUACUAAGCAAGUCUGGUCUUUCUCUAGGCUUUCCUCAGAGAUGGGUGGCAAAGAUAUUCGCUUUCGAUUUAAUCCUAUUGCAUUCUGAUAAAUGAUGUUGAUGCUAAGACCUAGACAGCUUGACUUGUGGUUUGAUCCCAGGAACAAUGGAGUGAACAAAGAAGCAAGAAAGAUUAACCAAAUCAUCAAGAAUGAGUUGCAAACGACAAAGAUCAAGUUACUUGAUCUGACCCAUCUAAGCGAAUUCAGAGCAGAUGCCCACCCAGCGAUCUGGUUAGGGAAGCAGGACGCGGUGGCAAUAUGGGGACAAGACUGUAUGCAUUGGUGCCUACCCGGUGUUCCUGACACAUGGGUCGAUAUAUUAGCGGAACUCAUUCUCACUAACUUAAAAACAGAGUGAAGACGCUAUCAGGAGUCGAGAACAGAGACUUGCUUGAGCAUAUGGAAGCUCAAAUGUCGGAAAGGUUCCAUCUUUUGGUUUUAACUGUAAAUGAUUCAUAUCUGGAUGAAAUUUUGUUCCUUUACCAAGACAUCUUCUCAAAACACAAACAUUUAACUUGUAUUGUGUCUCUUGCUUGUAACUACUGUUUCCAUGAAGUUAAUGUUUUUGCAAUUGGGGAUCUGCAUAUAGAAAGAUGCUCUAAAAU